UUGCCGAGUGCCGAUGCCGACAUUAGUACCUACUGGCUACUACCUAGUACCUAUCUUCAUAGUACUAAACACUAGUACAAGAGUGACUAAAUUUAUACUUUAUAGUUAUAACUUUAUAAUAAUUAUUAAGUUAAUUAUUGUAAGAAUAAAACUUAUUAAACACCAAGUAAUAAGCAAAGUUAGUAAAGUACUAUUAGUAUAAUGAUUUGUAUACUUGUAGUAGUCUAAAUAUUGUGGCUAUUUCAUGUUGUUGACAUAAAAUGUUCUUUAUUCAAUGGUAUUGGACCUAUUGCGUGUGUCUUGAACAUGUCAAUAUUUCUUUCCAUAAUUGAUUAAAAUGGAAACAAACCAUGGAAAACUUAAAUGUAUUGAUAAAAUUUCCAAAAUGAAGUGUUCAUCAUUAUAUUCAAAUAAGAAUGCAAAUACCCGCAAGACAACUUAUUGCAAACGGCCUGGAUUAGUUUACAAGAAUCUUAUAAAAAAUCAAAAUGCAAUACAAACUAGUCAAUACUUUGAAUCAACAUGUGGUGAUCAAUGGAUUCCACCUAGAUCUCCGUAUGCUCUUAUACAGGAAGACUUGUUUCACAAUCCAUGGCAACUGUUGAUUGCUACUAUAUUUUUAACAAAAGUGACCGCAAAACUCGCAAUUCCAAAAAUUCACGAAUUUUUACUGAAAUGGCCAACACCAGAAGAUGUGAUUAAUGCAAAUCCUCAAGAUUUACUUUGUUCGGUGGAAAAUUUAGGACUAGAAAAUACUCGUGUUAAAACUAUAAAACGAUUUACAGCGGAUUUCUUGUCAAAAAAUUGGAAAUACCCAAUAGAGUUGUAUGGAAUUGGCAAGUACGGUAAUGAUUCAUAUAGACUUUUUUGUGUGAAUGAAUGGAGAAUUGUACAACCAGAUGAUAUACUGUUAUCAAAAUAUAAAGACUGGCUAAUUUUGAAUGAGAAACAACUUGGACUUUAACAUUCUUAUUAUUUUAUGAUUUAAUUUUACUACUCUUAUAGUGUUUAUUGAAAUAUGAAUUUUUUGUUAAUGUAUUUA